GCAGCAGCAGCAGCAACAGUCAUGCGCGGAGCGGCGCUGACCCGGAAGCGGAGCAGGUAAACACACCAGGGUCGCUUCAUCCUCCUGCGGCGGAUCAUGUCGAAGAUCGAGAUGCUGCGGCUGCUGAUCACCGAGCGGCUCACGGCGGCCGCCGAGGAGAUCUUCGGGGUGUUCGGCCGAGCCCUGGCCGAGUACGAGGAGGAGAUCUCCCGCUCCAAGCUGGAGAUCGACCGGCAGCGCAGACUGCUGGACCUGACGGUGCAGCCGCGGGUGGAGCUCCGCGGCGCAGCUCUGCUCGAGCAGCAGGAGUGGAGCUCCGGUCUGGAGCUGGAGCCGCCGCCGCCGCCUCGCAUCAAAGAGGAAGAGGAGGAGCUGUGGACCGGCAACGAGGAAGGCCAGCAGGACGACGGCAUCAUCAAGUUCACCGUCUUCCAGACCGCGAGCGCCGAGCAGGACCAGGUUUCCCCCGUGAUCCCCAGCUACCGGAGCCAGUGUCUGGACGGCAGGAAGCUCGACCCCCAGCCCGGCACCUCGGCGCCGCCGCCGCCUCACACGGAGCCCGUCGAGGAAGUCUCCGGAGGCUCCGACACGGCCGGUAACGACCAGCUCGCCUUCUCGGACUGCGGCGAAGCCACCGCCUCGCCGUCGGAGGAGGCCGGCUCGUACACCUGCAGCGUCUGCGGCAAGGUGUUCGUGCAGCGCGGCUUCUGGGCGCGGCACGUCCGGCUGCACCUGCUGGGCGGCCGCACGGUCGACAAGUCGUACCGCUGCGACAUCUGCGGCAAGAGGCUGACGCGGCUCGACGGCUUCCAGAAGCACCUGCGGGUGCACACGGGCGAGAAGCCGUACAGCUGCGGCGAGUGCGGCAAGAGGUUCAGCGACAACUCCAACUACAAGCGGCACAUCCGCACGCACACGGGCACGAGGGCGCACCGCGGCCGGGGCUGCCGCAAGCCUCUGGGCUCGGCGUUGCUCCGCGGCAACACAGACGUUUGAUUCGUCCAAACCGUGACAGUGAAACUACCUGAAACCAAUGAGACCGUUCAAACUGAAUUACAGGAACUCUGAUCUGAUAUCAUUUAAAAUCACAUGCAAAUGUGGUCUGAACCUGAUUUGGGAAAAAAGUAAUGUGUUUUUUUUUGUUUUUGGUGCCGUUCAUACUGCAAAAAAAUCUGUGUGGCUCAAAUCAGAGACGUGGAAAAAUGGGCUUUGAGCUUUGAGCAGGAACAGGAUGAAACCCGACGUGCCUUAACGGGAAAACCUGACAACAACCUCUGGUCACAGCCGCUCGUUCGAUUUGGAUUUGGAGCGCUGAAUGUUUCUCUGUUAAUAUUAAAUUUAAUUUUAAUGCACAAUUUGACGUUUUUUUUUCUAUGCUAACAUGUAAACGCACCCUCAGUGAAAUCCUGUGAAAUCCUUCGUCUCCCUCCCGUUUCAGAAAUAAAAACCUCUGUGUGGCAAAAAGGCCAAAAAAAAAAAAAAAAAAAAAAUCAGGAGUUUUGCAGUUUUGACAUGUUCCUCAGGGUUUUUAGAAACAUCUUUGCUGACGAUGC